AUGUCGUCGUCGUCACCACAAACCCAAGCCUAUGUGCUCGGCGUCGGCCUGACCGAAUUCAUCAAGCCGCGCCGUCUGCGGCCGUACCCAGAACUCGGAUUCGAAGCGGGCACCAAGGCGCUGCUGGACGCACACAUCACAUACGACGACGUGCAGACCGGGGUGGCAUGCUACUGCUACGGCGACACGUGCAGCGGCCAGCGCGUCUUCUACCAGUUCGGCAUGACCAACAUCCCCAUCUACAACACGACGAACGCGUGCGCGACGGGCAGCACGGGUCUGCAGCUGGCCCGGACGCUGGUGCGCGGCGGCAUCGUCGACGUCGUGCUGGUCAUCGGCUUCGAGACCAUGAUGCCCGGCAGUCUCAAGAGCAUGUGGCCCGACAGGCCUAGUCCUAUGGGGUUGGCGAGCCAUAUGAUGAACGAGACGAGGGGCAGGUUCGACAGCCCUCGCAACGCUCAGUUGUUCGCCAACGCCGGCAGGGAGUACAUGGAAAAGUACGGGGCGACGGCCAGCGACUUUGCAGAGAUCGCACGGGUGUCGCACGAGCACUCGUCGCGCAACCCAUACGCACAAUUCAAGCAAGUGUAUUCGACGGCGGAGAUCGCGCAGUCGCCAAUGAUCCACUUCCCCUUGACCAAACUGCAAUGCAGCCCGACGUCAGACGGGGCCGGGGCAGCGGUGAUCGUGUCGCAGCGGUAUCUGGACUCGCGGCCGGAGCUGCGGUCGCACGCGAUCCUGAUGGCCGGGCAGGCGCUGAUGACGGACUCGCCGGCGCUUUACGACGGCCGCAGCGCCAUGAACCUAGUGGGAUUCGACAUGACGCGACGGGCGGCGCGGGCGGCGCUGGCGGAAGCCGGGGUGACAUUGGACGGGGACCAAGACCCGGCAUCGAUCCGCGCCCACGUCCAGGUCUGCGAGCUGCACGACUGCUUCUCGGCCAACGAGCUGAUCACGCUGGACGGGCUGGGGCUCUGCGCGCCGGGCACGGCGCACCUGAUGGUGCGCAACGGCGACAUCACCUACGGCGGCCGCGGGCCCGUCAUCAACCCGUCCGGCGGCCUCAUUUCAAAGGGCCACCCGCUCGGCGCCACCGGCCUGGCCCAGUGCGCCGAGCUGGUGUGGCAGCUGCGCGGCUGGGCCAACAACGGCCGUCUCGUGCCCGGGGUCCGCGUCGCCCUCCAGCAUAACUUGGGCCUGGGCGGCGCCGUCGUCGUCACCGUCUACCGUCGCGCCGAUGGCCGCAAGAACACUGACUUGCCUGCCCCGUCUGACGGCGACAUCGCCCGCGCGUCCGGCCUGGGCUAUAACCCGGCUGUCGAGGCCAGGCCCGUCACGCGGGACUUGGCGGACAAGGCCAGGAGCUUCGCUGCUCGUUGUGAUUAUGCCCUGGGCCAAACUGCCGAGAAGUUGUUGCCUGCGACAGCGACCGCGGCACUCCCCCGGCUGUAG